GCAAGAACCAGACGGGCAGACGAAGUGCAAAGGCUAUCCUUACUCCACCUUUUACGUUAUGUUAUUGUGUCUCUUGUCUGUCGUCUGUCGCUGGUGUUGAUAGAAACAGUAGUGGUAGACUGAAUUCCUACUCAGGUUCCAGUCUUCUUGUUUAACGUUUCUCGUGAUUGAUUUCGUCACGUCUGGUCACGUCACAGAAAAAGUGCGCUUUGUUGUGGAACAUUGCAGAGAAGACCUACAAGAUCUCUUUCAGAAAAUAACAAUAAAAUGGAGUUUGAACCGGUCGCUUUUAUAGAAGUCCUUAAAAGUGGAGUCUUGCAAGAUAUCCAUCCAGCCCUUGCAUCGUUUUGCAAAAUGAAUGCUCAAAGAUUUUCAUUUGAUGACAUCUUUAGUGUGGAAAAAAGAAGAAUUUUGUGGGAUGAUAUCAUCAAGUUAAUAAGAGAAUGUUCUGAUCCUUCUUUCAAUCAACUUUCUCUGAGCAGUCUAUUGAUCUUAAGCCGGGACAAAAUAAUCGCUGAAAGCGUUGAUGAGGACUGCAUUGAAUUUCUUCUAAGUUGUGCUGGUUUAGGAGAAGAUCCAGCCCAAGGAGAAAUCAACUAUGAUGUUGUUCUUGCUGCGUUAAAAUGCCUGAGCAAUUUAACCUUCAACAGUCCCAUUGUGCAAGUUUACAUUUCUAAAUGCCAUUGUACGGCUAGCAUCAUCAGAAGGCUAAAAGAAGUGAGCGAUCCAAAUAUUCCACACUUGGUCAAGUUUUUUGACUUGAAACUCCUCUUCCUUAUCACUGCCAAAUGCCCAGAGAUUGUGAAUCGGGUGAAAAAUGAGGAGCAAGCGAUUGAAGUGUUAACAAGAGCUUUAUCAGAGACCACUGGAGCCAGACAAAGUCCGGCUGCAAGUUCUGCAUACUUUUUAACAGUAGAGCAAAUUGAUUUGGCCAGUGAAAUUUUGAAAGUUCUUUUCAAUAUCAUGGUCAAAAAUGAAGAAAGCAUUCCAGAAAAUCAGGAUAUAGAACUCUUGGGUUUAUUGCAUGAUCUGCUUCUCUUUGGUGCACCAGAUGAGAAGAAAUUAGAUGACAUUCGAAGCCAUUCCAUAAAUCUUCUGAUGAUCAUUCCUUCCAUCUUGUAUGACAUAUUGACCCCACCGUUGGUUGGAGCCCAGGACAAACCACAAUUUGAAGGCAAAAACAUGGAGAUAUUGGUCGUUAUGUCAGAUUUUCUCUACAGACGCCUGGUGGUCAGCAGAACGGACAUUGCCCUGUCGGCCGUGGGAGUGAAAAAUCUGAUGGAGAACGUUUCGCCCAUUCUAACAGUCUUGAGUAGAGGUUGUCUCGCGCAGCGCUCAAUGCGAAAGUUUUUGCGAAAUAAAAUUCUCCCACCGCUCACCGACGAAGUCAUGCAGCGACCUGAAAUGGGUGACACCAGCCGAAACUUGUUGUGCGCCCUGCUGACGACACCCAUAACGCAAGUUCGAGAUCUGGCUGCUGAUUUCCUGUUUAUCCUCUGCAAGGAAAAAGUGGCUCGGUUUGUGAAGUAUGUUGGCUAUGGAAAUGCUGCUGGCUUGCUAGCAAAUCGAGGGCUAAUGCUAGGCGGAAGAGGCAAAAUGGGUCAUUAUUCAUCAGACAGUGAGGACAGCGACACUGAGGAGUACAAACAAAUCAAGGACCAAAUUAAUCCCAUCAUUGGGUGCUAUGAGGAGCCGAGACCAGACCCCAUGGAAAACAUGUCAGAAGAACAGAAGGAAUACGAGGCGGUGAAACUAGUGGAGAAGAUUGACCAGCUAACGAGAAGCGGAGUGAUACAGCCCUGCAGGGUAGGACCUGAUGGACGCCCUGUACCAGUUGAUCACGUUUUGCAGCUGCAGGAAGAAUUGGCCAGAAUGCACGCUCCUCUCCAAGAUGACAGUGAUGAAGAUUCUGAUUAAGUUUCUGUUAAUCUAUUUUUAAUUUAAUGCUGGUCAUUUAUUUGCUCUCCAGUUUCAAGAGAUAAUGAACCUACCUAAAAUCAUAAACUGAUUUAAUUUGGUGUUUUAAAAAUUUGGAUGCUAAAAAUCCUCUUUGAUAAUUUAAUGGCUAAUCAAAGUUUUCAAGUAGUCAUUUAUUGAUCCGCAUUUGGAGCGUUGGUAUGCGUGGAAAUUAACCAAAAUUACUGUUAAACCUAUAAGUAAUAAUUGAUUUAUUCAAGAUUAGAGGAAAAAAUUGUGUUAAAUCUCUCGUUUGCUGUGGAUACAGUUUGAGCUAGUCAAUGUGUAAAUGUCUUGAUUUGUUACUGUUAUAACUUUUCAUUUAUGUGUAUGGGAACCUGAAGCAUUUUAAUAAAAUUUCAGAUACAAAUAUAUGUCAUGCCGA